CGGCCGCGAUCUCAAACAAAACACAAGAAUUGGUGUGUGACUCAUCUGCUUGGAUACCUCCAGUCCCCAAACUGUGUUCCAGGAGUUUUCUUGGCUGAAGCUGUCCGAUGUUUGAGCCUUUUCUUCCCGAGGAAGAAGAUGGACUGAAAGCUGCCAGUUGGGGACUUUUUGUGAGCUGGGUUUUAGAAGAGGUGAUGGGGCUUGCGCUGGCUUGUCUUCCUACUCAAGAGAAGAGUUGUUGAUGUUCACUGGUUAUGCUUAGACAAUGCGCAAUUUGUUUUAAUUUAAAAUUUUGGGGGGGAUAAGGGGGACAGGCGCAUAGGCUUGUGAAGGGCAGUCCGGACCCGGUGGAACUCCUCUUUGACCCUUGAUAGGAGAGACACCCCCAGUCUGUCCUCGAUGCCGUCAGCCUUGGCCAUCUUCACUUGCCGUCCGAACUCGCACCCGUUUCAGGAGCGUCAUGUCUACCUGGACGAGCCCAUUAAAAUCGGCCGCUCAGUGGCCCGCUGUCGACCCGCGCAAAAUAAUGCUACCUUUGAUUGCAAGGUGCUGUCAAGGAAUCAUGCUCUCGUCUGGUUUGAUCACAAGACGGGCAAGUUUUAUCUCCAAGACACUAAAAGUAGUAACGGUACCUUUAUAAAUAGCCAGAGAUUGAGCCGAGGCUCUGAAGAAAGUCCACCAUGUGAAAUUCUUUCUGGUGACAUUAUCCAGUUUGGGGUAGAUGUGACAGAGAACACACGGAAAGUUACCCAUGGGUGUAUUGUUUCCACAAUAAAACUUUUUCUACCAGAUGGUAUGGAAGCCCGGCUCCGCUCAGAUGUCAUCCAUGCUCCAUUACCAAGUCCUGUUGACAAAGUUGCUGCUAACACUCCAAGUAUGUACUCUCAGGAACUAUUCCAGCUUUCUCAAUAUCUACAGGAGGCCUUACAUCGGGAACAGAUGUUGGAACAGAAGUUAGCCACGCUUCAGCGGCUACUAGCCAUCACCCAAGAGGCUUCCGAUACCAGUUGGCAGGCUUUAAUAGAUGAAGAUAGACUCUUAUCACGGUUAGAAGUUAUGGGAAACCAAUUACAGGCAUGCUCCAAAAAUCAAACAGAAGAUAGUUUACGGAAGGAACUCAUAGCAUUACAGGAAGAUAAACACAACUAUGAGACGACAGCCAAAGAGUCCCUGAGGCGGGUUCUUCAGGAGAAAAUUGAAGUGGUUAGAAAACUUUCAGAAGUUGAGCGAAGUCUGAGUAAUACAGAAGAUGAAUGUACCCACCUGAAAGAAAUGAAUGAACGGACUCAGGAAGAAUUAAGAGAAUUAGCCAAUAAAUAUAAUGGAGCAGUUAAUGAGAUUAAAGAUUUGUCUGAUAAAUUAAAGGUAGCAGAGGGAAAACAAGAGGAAAUCCAACAGAAAGGACAAGCUGAGAAAAAAGAAUUACAACAUAAAAUAGAUGAAAUGGAAGAAAAAGAACAGGAACUCCAGGCAAAAAUAGAAGCUUUACAAGCUGAUAAUGACUUCACCAAUGAAAGGCUAACAGCUUUACAAGAGAAGCUGAUCGUCGAGGGGCAUCUAACCAAAGCGGUAGAAGAAACAAGGCUUUCAAAAGAAAACCUGGCAAGAGCAAAGGAAUCUGAUUUAUCAGAUACUCUGAGUCCAAGCAAGGAGAAAAGUAGUGACGACACUACAGACGCGCAAAUGGAUGAGCAAGACCUAAACGAGCCUCUUGCUAAAGUAUCCCUAUUAAAAGAUGACUUGCAGGGCGCACAGUCAGAAAUUGAGGCAAAACAAGAAAUUCAGCAUCUUCGAAAGGAAUUGAUUGAAGCCCAGGAGCUAGCUAGAGCAAGUAAACAAAAAUGCUUUGAACUUCAAGCUCUAUUGGAAGAAGAAAGAAAAGCCUAUCGAAAUCAAGUUGAAGAAUCCACUAAACAAAUACAGGUUCUUCAAGCCCAACUGCAGAGGUUACACAUCAAUAUUGAGAAUCUCCGGGAAGAGAAGGACAGUGAAAUUACAAGCACUCGAAAUGAAUUGCUUAGUGCCCGAGAUGAAAUUCUGCUUCUUCAUCAAGCAGCAGAAAAGGCUGCUUCUGAGAGGGACACUGACAUUGCUUCUUUACAAGAAGAGCUUAAGAAGGUGCGAGCUGAGCUUGAGCGGUGGCGGAAAGCAGCGUCUGAAUAUGAGAAAGAAAUCACGAGCCUCCAAAACAGUUUUCAGCUUCGAUGUCAACAGUGUGAGGACCAGCAGCGAGAGGAAGCAACACGGCUACAAGGUGAACUAGAGAAGUUGAGAAAGGAAUGGAAUGUAUUGGAAACCGAAUGCCGUUCUCUAAAAAAGGAAAAUGUUUUGCUAUCAUCGGAACUGCAGCGGCAAGAAAAAGAAUUGCACAAUUCUCAGAAGCAGAGUUUAGAGCUUACCAGUGAUCUCAGCAUCCUUCAGAUGACCAGGAAAGAGCUUGAGAAUCAAAUGGGGUCCUUAAAAGAACAGCAUCUUCGGGAUUCAGCUGAUUUAAAAACUCUUCUCAGUAAGGCUGAAAACCAAGCAAAGGAUGUACAGAAAGAGUAUGAAAAGACACAGACUGUACUCUCAGAACUGAAGUUGAAGUUUGAAAUGACUGAGCAGGAAAAACAAUCAAUCACAGAUGAGCUCAAACAGUGUAAAGACAACCUGAAGCUGCUCCGAGAGAAAGGAAAUAAUAAACCCUGGCCCUGGAUGCCCAUGUUGGCUGCCCUGGUUGCAGUGACAGCCAUCGUGCUGUAUGUGCCAGGUUUGGCCAGAGCUUCUCCGUGAGAGCGUUUCUUGAGUCCGUACACCGUCCUCCCUCUAGAAGCUGGCAUCACACUCAUGCUGGGGACAAACAGAACCAUUUUCUUCCUUUUUACCUCUUAAAACAGCAGAAGUGCAAGAAUACAGCUGUAGGGUCAUUGCUUUAAAUUAUAUAAAAUGUAUCUUGUCUAUAAAGAGGAUAUAAAAUUGUGACUUUAUUCUUCUGUGAGCAAUAAUUUGCUUGCAAUUUUUCAUGAAUUUUUUUAAUUAGUAUGUUGAGAUUCUGAAUAUUAUGGUGGCCUAAAGUAGGCUUCUUGGUACACCAAAUUAUUUAUAACAUUAAAUUUAUGGGUAUUUUACUCUGAAUUCUAAUGGCCAGAUAAUUCAUUUUCCUGAUUAGAUAACUACCCAAACCAAACAGCCAAUACAUACAUGGGAAGAGAGGCCCUGUGUGCUCAGUGCCUAUCAGUUUGAAAUAUAUACACAUAUAUAUAUAUUUUUUACAUAUUUACGCCAUUUUUACUUGUUAUAAAACCACUGAGCUAUUGGGAACAAGACUUAGAGACAACUCUUUGUGUGGAUUUUUAUUUUAUUUUUUUUUCUUUAAAGGAGAAAUAAUACACUUGGAAAAUAUUCUGUUCUAGUGAUAAUUUGGGGCAUAUGUGCACGCUUGUUCAGCCUUAAUGUGACUUGAUGAUGUGGAGGACAUCAACUUUGAAAAACUUUCCAUGAGAGUGUGUAUUUUCUUGAGCAAAACUGAAGUAUUUCUGGGAGCAAAAACAGUAAUUAUAUAAUUUCAGUGCAGUAAACCAAACUGUUGAGUCAAUUGGAAUGUAAUUUAUUAAACCUCAUCUAUUUAAAAAGAUAUUUUCUUUAAAAGCCAAGUUACUUUUCAUAUACAGCAUUUUAGGAAGCAUGAUUUUUUUUUUCUAUCAUCUCUUCCUCCAAGCAUGUAUAAUUGAAGAAAGAAUUAAUAUCUCUUUAGAUAAGCUUUUACUGACUUAAUUUGGUUAUGAUACUUCAAAGCUUAUUCAUGUUUGAGGUAAACUAUUGUUACCUACCAACAGAUUUCCUGGUGGGAUAUGCAAAUGGUUAUUUUCUUUUUAUUGUUGUUAAUUGGGACAUUCUGUUAAUGAGAAGCACUAUUCCCAAGAUUAAUAGUGUUCCAUGCACAGUGAGGCACCUAAACACUGCUUGAUGUUAUAAAUUUAAAACACAGAAGUGAAAGUUUAGCUAUGGUUUUAUGUGGCACCACAGUUAUGUCCAUAAAGUUUAUUUAGAUCAUAGAAUAUCCUAAAGUAUCACAUAGUUAAAUUUUUCAGUCAGUGAAGCCUGGGAGGGAAUGUCAGUGAAUUGGCUUGAAUAUUUUGUGGCAAUCCUCUGUCCUAGCCAAAUAAUGAAAUAGAAGUUUAGGAUAUAAUUUGCCUUGUGAUAUUGGGCAGUCAUUGUUUAUACUUUCGAGGUUAUAUUUUAAGCUAUUUGGGAUUUGCUGUUGGGAGGAUCACUAGAUUUAUGGAGGAAUUAGUCACAAAUGACUUGUAGAAAAUACUGUCAUAUAGUUCAUUUCAUCAUUUUCUGUUGCAGGAAGCCACUCUACCACAGAAUGCUAAUAUGCCAGUGGUACCCAGUACCUCUUGUAUAUAGGAUAUUGCAAAUAUUGUUCUGAAAUGCUUAACUUCAGAAUUACAUUUUUUAAAGUAAAUAAUUGUUUUAAAUCUAUUUUGUAAAGAUAUAAAGUACAAUAGAAUUUCUGGAGUACAGAUUAAACUAUUUGCACUAACACACGUGAUGUGCAUGAUUUAAUAAAAUAACUUUACUCUCCCUAUGCAUUUUUGAGUUGGAUAUCAUUGAAAUUCUUAGUGCUGAUCUACUAUUGGAUUGUUAAUAAGUCUUCUCUUAAAAUGACUCUUUAUACAACAUAAUAUAUGUUUGGUAUUCUUCAGAGUUUAAAAGAAAACACUGAGCUGUUUCCUCCAGGUUUUAUUAGCCUUUUAUUUAACUUACUGCUCUAAUUUUUUCCCCCUUUUACUAUGGUUAUUGUUAAAACAUGACUCACUUGCCAGACAAGUCUCUUUAAAUGUAAAGUCUAGUAUCAAUAUUUACUUUAUUCAAAUUGAAUAAAUGAGUUUUUGUAGUUACUGCCAGUUUUUCUUAAGAAUAUAAAUGAGCCUAUUCAUAAGCAAUACCUCCAGUUUUGUUCAGUUCACUUCCAGGUUAAAUAAAGAGUAGGAUUAUUCACUGCUAGUGAUAGAGUCAUUAAGAAAUUUUAAUCAUAGCAGUUAAGAAUUGAACAACCCUAUAAUGAUACAUUUAAGAAUUACUCAAAGGUGCUAUAUGACUGGGUCAGAAAAUGAAAAGAACAUGGCAUUUGAAGCUAAACAGAACCUUAUGGGCAUCCUGGCUCUGCCUUUUUUCAGCUGUGUUGCCUCAGGCAAAUCAUUUAUCUUCUCUGAGUCUCCAUUUUCUCAUUUAUAAAAUGGAGAGAAUAAUAUCUAUAUUGUUAGUGGUGGUACGAAAAUUGAAAAGAUAAUGGAUGUGAACUGUUAUGCAAGUGGCAAAUAGCCUUAAUGAGAAUGUCAUACUAGAAAAAAACCCCACAAAUAUUUAAGUUAGAUGAACCAUUUACAGCUAUUUAAAAGGAAUUGACUCAAAUAUU